CUCAGCGUUGCGACAUGGAGCCCCGACAGGCGGUGCCGUUGCCGGCCGAGCAGAGUUUUGUCAGAGAUGCCAAGCAGAACGUCGCUGAGCUCUCCCUGUGGACGGUGGUGGCCGCGAUCCAAGCCAUAGAGAGGAAGGUGGACUCUCACGCCACGCGGCUGCUGCUGAACCUGGGGAGGAGGAUGGUGACAAACGAGAAGAAGUACGUGGACUGUGAGAACACGGUGGUGGACUUUGGCAACCAGAUGGAGUGCAAGCUGAACGCGCUGGGCACCCUGAUCCAGGAGUACGGGCUGCUGCAGCGGAGGCUGGAGAACAUGGAGAACCUGCUCAAGAACCGGAACUUCUGGAUCCUCAGGCUGCCCCCGGGCUCCAAGGGGGAGACCCCCAAGGUGCCGGUGACCUUUCAGGACAACUCCGCCUACUUCUCUGAGCAGGACUGGGGAAACCUGGAGGGGUGGCAGAAGGAGCUCUACAAGAACGUCAUGAAGAGCAAUUACGAGUCCCUGGUCUCUCUGGAUUAUGCCAUCGCAAAGCCUGACCUCCUGUCCCGGAUUGAGCAAGGGGAACCUCCCUGUGCGGCCGAGGAAGAGGCCUCCAAAGAGAGAGAGAUUCCUGCAGAACCCAGCCCAGAAGUGUUGGUGUUUAGGCCUGUCCUGUCCCGUCCUACCGAAGGAGGAGAAAACGUUCACGUGAGAGACCAGGGGGAGGCCGAAGGAAGGACACGACGUCCAAGCGUCACCAGUCCAGAGGGCGAGGCGGCAGAGUCUUCCUUUGGCUCCCCGGGGAAGCGGGAUCAAGAGCUGAACCUCGAGGGCCCGGGGGGCUCCGAAGAAGGCCAGCUGCACCUCAAGCCCAGCCUGGAUGAUGGGCUGGUCUUCAAGGCAGAAGUCCUCCAGGCACAGAGAGCGCUGUGUGAAACCCUGGGACUGCAGUGCGCCGAAGAAGCCCUUCUCCACAGCGCCCCGCCCCUUGGGAGUCGCUACGGCGCUCUGCUGCACCACAGGCGGCACCCGGGGAGCCCGGCGGAUGAGGCUGUGCCAGGUGAGGGAGGCUUUGGCGGCGGCGGCGGCAGCAGCAGCCCUCCCACAGGGUGCCAGCGUGACCGCCCAGGCGACAAACUGUUUGUGUGCCCCGAGUGCGGGAAGGGCUUCCGUCUUCAGAAGAGCCUCUUGAUCCACCAGCAGAACCACGCCGCCCCGGAGGGCUGCUGCCGGCCCCCCUGCGAGAAGAGCUUCACUUUCAAGCAGCAGUUCACCCUGCACCAGCGGAUCCACACCGGGGGGGGCGCCUUCACCUCCGUCGCCUGCGAGGAGACCUUCAAGCAGAGCCACAACCUGAAGCCUCUCCCGCGGGGCCCGGCAGGGGACAAGCCCUACGGCGGCGCCGCCAAGUGCGUGAAGACCUUCAACCUCAAGUCCGCCUACCGGCCGCACCAAAAGAGCCACGGGCGGGAGCGGCCUUACAAGUGCAGCCGGUGCCCUGAGAGCUUCUCCCAGAAGAAGAGCCUGGUCACCCACCAGCGGCUGCACUCGGGGAGGGGCAGCAGCUCCCUCGCCUGCCUGUACUGCGGCAAGACCUUCAGCCACCCCUCGGACCUGGUGCGGCACCAGCGGAUCCACACCGGGGAGCGGCCCUACCGCUGCGGCGAGUGCGACAAGAGCUUCACGCAGAAGCAGCACCUCCUGCAGCACCAGAAGAUCCACCUGCGGGAGCAGAACCAGCUGAUGGGCACGGCCGUCCGGGAGGCGCUGCUGGACCGGAGGUGUGCUCCUCUGGCGCCCAGGAGAUUCUGUCGCCAGUGGCGAAAGAACCUCUUGUACGCUGGCCUCCACGGCCCUCACUUCCUGCCCUUGGAUAAGAUGCAUUUCAGGGGUGAGGGAGACUCUGCGGAGAGACAGACCCUUGAGCAGCCAAGCACAGCCCUCCCAGCGGACGAGGAGCUUGCGAUCAAAACGGAGCCGGAGACAGAACCGGACGUCUUUGAGCCGUGGAUGUUAAUAGGGAUGUCGGGCGAGAGCAACUUCCGGGACACGGGCGCUCCCGGCGACACUCCCCUCGACUCCAAGGUGCGGAUGGGGAGCCCGGUUGGAGAGCUGAGAGGUUGUGCCACCGGCGAAGUCAGCGUGGAGGAGGUGAGGCCGUACGCCUGCCCUGACUGUGGGAAGCGGUUCCGGUUUCAGAUCGGCCUCCUAAACCACCAGCGGAGCCACGACAGCCCGCCCGCCCAGGGCUACUGCGUGCCUUUGGCCCAGGGGAACACGAGCCCCGCCGCGCACGGGCCCGUCUCCCCACUGGAGGAGGGGGAGGGGAAGUUCUCUCCCGGCCUAGCGGAAGAGAAGAUCUGGGCCUGCCCCUGGUGCCAGCAGCGCUUCCGGCUCCAGGUCAACCUGCUGAUUCACCAGAGCAGCCACCGGGAGGCCUCGACAGAGCUCAGCAGCGAGGAGCGCCUGGCUUGCAGGUUUUGCCCCCGGCGCUUCGGCCGCUCCGACCACUUGCUGCGCCACCAGAUGAGCCACACGGGCGCACGGCCCCACCAGUGCCCGCUCUGCGAGAAGAGCUUCGUGGACAAGAGCAAGCUGACGAACCACUACCGCAUCCACACGGGCGAGCGCCCCUUCCGCUGCGCCGCCUGCGGCAAGCGCUUCAUCCGCCGGCACCACCUGGUGAAGCACCAGCGGACCCACACCCGGGAGAGGCCCCACCAGUGCCCCGUCUGCCUGAAGGGCUUCAUGCAGAAGCACCACCUCCAGAAGCACAUCCGGACGCAUCCCGGGGAGAAGCCCUACCGGUGCAGCCGCUGCCCCAAGGCCUUCUCCUGCAGGCAGCUGCUCCUGCAGCACUGCUGCGUCUCGCCGCAGGGGGGAGCGGAGCGUGCCUCGGGCGGUGGCUCGGCCUUUUGAUGGGGCCGGGGGUCUCCUCUCCCCUCUAGAAAUGCUCAUCUACCUCCUCGCAAGUCAGGUCUCCUGGAUCCAGACCUGAUUCCUUCCUGGCCCCGAAUUAGGGUCUCGUCCUCAUUUAAAGAGGCACACGGAGCCCUGCUCGACUCCCAGGGCCACCUGAGCAUCGGACUCUCAAGUCCUGCCCCGGAACAUAUUGUGGCACCGGGGUCUGCCAACACCUGGGCACAGCUUCUUGCAAAAAC